AAGAAAAAAAAAAAAGUGGAAAAGGUUUGAUUUGAGGUUUUGAAGACGAAACCUCCUCUUCCUCAAUCUUCCCUGAUAUGCUCAUUCUCUUCAGGUUCGUACUCCGUUUCCUCUACCGAUCAUUUUCGAAAGCCAUGGGUUGCUUCUUUGGUUGUUUCAGGAUCAGAGAAGACCGACGCCUCCCUACUUCUCAGCUUGUUGCCGAUCGUUCCCGUUCCAAAUCUGCUGAUGCCUUGGUAUCUCGAAAUCGUCUAUCGUCAUUGUUUUUAUCCGAAGAGAAAGAAGAUUCUCCACGCGAUGAGACGGUAAAAGUAGGUUUGGGAUCUCAGAUGGAUGACAAGGCGCUCAAGGAUGAGGCUAAGUUUCUUAAAGCAUGCGGUACGUUAGCCGGGACCCCUGCUGAAAUCCGGAAAGCAUCUGGGAAACUGAAAUCGUCACCUUCUUGUAGCAAGGAAUCUGAAUCUUCACGGUUUCAUUCUUGGCUUCCUAAUGCUCCUGUCGUGAAGCUCCAGAUGGAUGCUCAGCCUUUUGAUCCCCCAACUCCCAUAAAACCGGGUGAAGAAUGGCGAGAUGGCAGGGAUUCUUUAGACCGCACUCCAAGCAGCUGUAUCUCCAAUGCACAAUACACCGAAAGUGACUCUGUUGACUCAGCUGAAGGAAGUGGAGCAAGAAUCCUUUAUUCUGUCGGCCAGACUUGUGAUAAUCGAUCUGAAAAAAGUGCAGCUUCAGUUUCGCCUUGGCCAACGGUGGCAGACAUUCAGAGGAAGAACAAGUCUGUACGUUUUGAAUGCGAUGCUGAUUCUUCCUGUGGGAGUUCUUCUGAAUAUGGUGGAGGUCAUACGAAGAAAUCAGGGUCACCAAACAAUCAGAGUGCACACAAACCAUCACCUUAUGCAACCCCAAGGAAACUAUCUGAUGAAAUGCAAACACCUGGAACCGUGUACCCUGCAACUAUAGAAGAUUUUCCUAAUGGCAAGCCUCGGGUUAGGUCCCAGUUUGUGUAUUCAUUUCACGGAACAAGUGAGAACGUCUCUCGGUGCAAAGUGCUUGAGGAAGAAGAUUUAAACUCUGAGCAAGAUUCAAGUGAUAUGAGAUCUCAUGAGCCGCCUCAAAAUGCAACUCCAACAACAGAGCAGUCAAAGCAACACUCAUCUGAAAAUGAAUCUAAAGUGGAAGAAAGUUUAUCUGCUUGGUUGAAGCCGGCAGCAGUCAUUGAGGAAGAGAGAAGGAAGAGAAUGGAGGCAGCUUAUAGUCAAAUUCCUAAUUCUCGUAAAACUCCUGCAGAUAGGCCUAUCAUUGGGAUGGUUGCAGCUCACUGGAACGAAGAAGAGGAAUCUGAUGUUCCUCCCCCAAAGUGGUGGGAUGGCAAGGGCAUACCAAAUUCAACGAACAAGUACAAGGAAGAUCAGAAAGUAAGUUGGCAUGCAACACCCUUUGAAGAGAGGUUGGAGAAGGCGCUGUCUGAGGACAGCGUUGUGCCUCAAAGGAAGAAUGUAUGUGGAAAGCCCAUUGCUUUUGAUGACAAUGAAGAAAGUGAUACAGCUCUAUCUCAGAUGCAAACCUCAAGUCAUCCACAAUCUGUGGUAACAUUCUGAUAAAUGUAAUCAGCUGCUCAUUCUCCUUUGUGCUGUAGUCUGCCUUAUAAGUGAUUAGUUGGUUUGUAAUGUGGGUGAUAGCAGAAAUUGAAUUACCAAUCCCAUUAUAAACAGCUUUUGGUGGUAAGGCAGGCUGGCUAACAAGCGUGACAGCGCUUGCGUUGUACAAAAGUAAUGGGUAUUGGGCUAUCGGAACUCAUGUUCCGCGGACUUUUAUUAAUUUACUGUGCAAAGCACAUUAAUUUAUUAUGUUCUCAUUCAAAGAACUAUAACAAGCAUUAAAGAAUUUCUCUAAA